AGCAAUUCCAUCCUCUAUUGUUGAUUUGUACAAUUUGGAACAUUUGAAUCUGUUUAACAAUUUUAUUGAGGUAUGAAUGAUGAUGAAAAUAUAAAUAAUGUAUAGUACAGGUACUUAGCAGACAAAAUAUCCAUUUUAGAAAUGCUCAGAUUGCUACCUCAGCUCAAUUCUAAUAUAACUGAUUCAUUUGCAUUAUCUUGUUAGGAACUUCCAACAUCAAUAACUACAUUAUCAAAACUGAAAUUUUUGAAUGUUGGGUAAGCCUACUAUUCAUACUGUUCAUGUUUCCUAUGGUUAGAUAUUGGCUGAGUAGGGCUAUGAAUACAAUCAAACAAUCAUUAAUAUCACAAACAUCAGGCAGUGCUGACAGCAAAAUAAAGUGCAGUUAAUACAAAAAUGGCAAAUCUUCAGUACUCAUAUUUUAUACCAUCAAGUCAUACUUGUAGUCAAAUUUAAAGUUAUCUGACUUUAAUCUCAUGUUUCAUUCAAUUUAUUCUUUAGUAUCCUCAAUCAAUUUUAUACUCAUAAUUAUACUUAUACAUCUUUAUUGUUUGUAUACUACAGUAUACAGUAUUGUACCAUUAUGUUUCUUACAACAGGGUUAACCGUUUGAGCUCUUUGCCUCGAGGUCUUGGUUCCUUGCCUUGCCUGGAAAUUUUAGAGUUAACAUACAACAACCUCAAUGAAAAUUCUCUUCCUGCAAAUUUUUUCCUGCUAGCAGGUAUGUACACUCAUUUACAGUAUGGCAUAAAUGGUGGCACCACCAAAUCUCACAAGUAAAGUUUAUUGACCGAAGACAUUGCAAUCUUUGCUAAAAUCCAUUUCUGUUUUGCUUCCUCCAUUUCACACAAAUGCCACUGUAUGAGGGAGAAGGUUAAUUAAAGUUUUAGCGGCCAAUUUGCUGUUAAUUAAACAUGAUGGUACUGCAUGUAUCUGCAGUACAAGUAUUUGUUGAUGGCCUCUGUACUGUAAGUAUGCUGUUGUACCAUUGUAGUUGCACAAUCAUAUGCUAGAAUUCAGAAUGUGAAUUUAUUAUACUAUUGUAAAAAUCCUUAAUACAGUACGUUUUAAAAAUGUACUCACUACCUGUAUUAGAAUUUAGAAUUUCAUAUUUGUAAUAAUUAGAUCCUGAAAAGCCCAAUUGGGAGUAUCUAAUAUUGUAUAAUAAAAAUAAUAAUAUAUGAUGAUUGUACUAUCUACUGAGUACUAAUUAUCAUGAUUGUGAAAUGCAUGUUACAUGUAUAAAGAUUUUGUUUUGUCAUAAUGGCUUGCUGUAGAUAGUCUACGAGCUCUGUAUCUUGGUGACAAUGACUUUGAGAAGUUGCCAGCAGAUUUUGGAAAGUUGAAAAAUUUACAAGUGGUAAGUUAUGAACAGUGAGGAAAUGUCGUUCUGGAGGAACCACAUGAAUUGCCUUUGAUAUUCACUAAUUCAGUUAAAUUGCUGGUUCUUGACGUAGUUUUCUAGCGAAUGAUCUUACGCAAAACAUUGGUGAUUGGAAUUCCACUAUGUUGCAGUAUAUUAGCAGUAACAAUUACAGGUAGUCAGGGUUUUUUUCAGGAUUUUCUCUUGGGUCCGUUUUUGCAGAGAAGAUUGAGUUUAGCUGAACAGCUGGGGAGGGUCUGGAACUCCCUCCCUGCCCACUUCAGUGUAGUUGAGAUGCAAUGUGUUAAAGCAGGGGCACUAAAGGACACUAUAAACUGGUUAAUUAAGGAUUGCGAAUGUGUUGUUUUUCUUGUGUUGUGAAAUGAAUUCCAGCCAUAUUUCUCUUAAUUUUCGGGUUUUCAACUGAAAACUAAUUUGCACACGUCAUGAAUUUAACUCAAACAACUUCAUUUUCAAGAUUUAGUUUUUGGGGCCGUUUUACGGCCGUAAAAAAUCCCUGAAAAAACCCCUGGUAGUGCAAGUAAACAAUGUCAAAGGAACUAUUUUCAAUUUCUUUUACAGUUGGUAUUACGAGAUAAUGACUUAGUGCAAUUACCAGAAGAACUUGGUGAACUCACAAAUCUAAAGGAAUUACAUCUUCAAAAUAAUCGCUUGACAGCUCUUCCACCAUCGUUAGGUACGUUUCAUGAUCAUCCACUAAAAAUGUUGUCGAUUUUCAGGCGAGGAGUUUUAAUUUAAGCAUGAUUUUGCAAAAAGUAAGUUAAAACAAUAAUCAACCAUAUUGUAACCAAAUCGUAUAGGAAAACAGCCUUGACUGAACGUGUUAAAAUUUGGUUUUCUGCCCAUCAUUGUUGCCCAAGGGCAAGGGUAACAAAACUUAUACUGUAACUAAAGUGAAACUGUAAUAUUUCGACUUUAACUCUUUAUCGACAAGCGACAUCUUGACGAUUUUACAACUCAAUUGUUUAUAACGUAAAUUUCUCAGCGCGUAUUCACCCCCCUUUAAAACAAGGAAUACCAUUGAAAUCCUAAUAAAAUAACCUUUUCAACGGGGGGUCGAAUGCUGUCAAAGCAUUACACAAACCGAAACAAUCAUAUAUUUACUCACCGCUUGGCCAAAAUUUCGGAAUUUCGUUUCCACAAUAGCGUAAAUAACUUGUGAAUUCUUCAGAGUUCGGCUCAAAUCAAUAAGAGUGAAAUAUUACUUGUAUUCAAGCGCUUUUAUAUCCAAAAUUUCAUUUGAAUACAGCCAGUAGAAAUGUUUAUUUUGAGUUUUUAAAAAUAUCGGGUUUUUCUUGUUUUUUCUCGCACGCGCGUGCCACACGCUAAAAUUGGCGAAUAAGAAGUAUCCGUAGCCCGAUGCACGUGCAAAUCAUGCUGCAGAUGUAAUUUGACCUUUAGAAUCGAUUUCCGACGUUUCCCGAGCGCUAGGAUGUAAACCAGAUGUAAACACGCGAUGUUUUGGCGAAUUUAAAUCGCAUUUCCGGUCAAAAAAUAUCCCGCUGAGUUCGCUGAGUUCGCUAAUAUCGCAACAGAUUGAAAUAUCGAAAUAAAAGGCGAAGAACUGAGGCUACAAGCCUCAAAAUAACACUGUAAAUAGUGUUUUUGAUUGUGAAUCGAACAAGCCUACAAGAAAAAAUACAUGUUUGAAGGGGCCAAAGUUGUGUCUGGCAAAAGGUAUGGCUUUAGUGAUAAAUUGUUUACAUUUUUCGAACAAAUAUGUAAUUUGUUGAAAUAUGAUACGUCUUGACCCUUCAAAGGUCAUAAAUCGCUAUAAUGUUUGUCUUUGACUAAAACUAUCAUUAUGAAUCAGGAAAUAUUAUUUCGCUGAAUUGAAUGGUGGUAUUUUCAUCUACGUAGCAUGUACUGAACCGAAGAUAUGAACCUCCAAAAUACUAUUGCAGUUCUGCAAAAUCGCAUUUCUGGUCAAAAAAUAUCCCGCUGACUUCACUAACAUCGCAACAGAAUGAAAUAUUAAAAUAAAAGACGAAAAUCCGAGGAUACAAGCCUCAAAAUAACACUGUAAAUAGUGUUUUUGAUUGUGAAUCGAACAAGACUACAAUGAAAAACACACGUUCGAAGGGGCCAAAGUUGUGUCCAGCAAAAGGCAUGGUUUUAGUGCUACAUUGUUUACAUUUUUAGAACAAAAAUGUAAUUUGUUGAAAUAUGAUACCUCUCGAGCCUUCAAAGGUCAUAAAUCGCUAUAAUAUUUGUGUUUGACUAAAACUAUCACUAGAAAUCAGGAAAUAUUAUUUCGCUGAAUCGAGUGGUGGUAUUUUCAUCUACGUAGCAUGUACUGAACCGAAGAUAUGAACCUCCAAAAUACUAUUGCAGAUCUGCAAUAGUUUUCACAGGGUCGGUCGAAAAGGAGUUAAUACUGUAUUUCAAAGUAAUUUAUUUUAAGGGAAAGUACAUUUAUUAUGCCGAGGGGGGGGGGAUGAAGAUGUUAAGGGGGGGCUCCGAAAUAUUUUCUGGCAUUAAAGGGGGGGCUCUUCUUGAUAUACUGAAGGGGGGGCUCUAAACUUUUCAAAGGUUUGACCCCAACAAAUUAAAGUUAAAAUUUUUACAUCAGUUUCAGGUAAAAUUUGCGUAAUAAAGUAAUUAUUUUUGUGAAAUGAUAACCAUUUUUGUAAAAUACAGUCAAUUUACGUGCAAUUUGUUUGCGAAAUUAGCUUUAGAAAAUGCCAGAAAUUCAGUCCUAGAGCUUCGAAAAUGUAAAAAUUUUCUGGGGGAGGACCCCCAGACCCCCCUUUUCUCCCAAAACUUAGUAUAAGAGUGCCAAUCAAUCACAAAAAGCUUUAUUAUAAUUAUUACACGUAUAAUCCUCUGACAUCCCCCCCCCCACUCCAAACGUCAGAUGCUUUGCUACGUCCCUGAUGGUUGUAUUCGAAACCGAUUUCAGUUUUAAGAUAUCCUUAGUCUGCUCUUCUAAAUGGAUACAUGAAAUCACCUAUAGCUUAUUUUAAAUUUUUUGGCGCCAGGUUUGUGAAGUAACUUACGCGCCAAAAAGUAGCAGUUCCAAAAACAAAAAAGCAUAUACGAUUUGCAAAAAUGAUGUGUUCUAUGUUUAUGGGAUAUUUCGUACAAACGGAAUGGAAAUUAAAGAAAUUGAAGCAUAAUGGCACUUUUGCAUGCAUUUUUGACAGGCAUACAAAGACAUUUGCAACAGAUGCCGGGAGACACUUGGGUGGGGGCGACAUUCUGUAAGGUUCCAGCACAUUACCCUGAUCCAGGAAAUCCUGGCCACUACAUGAACGUGUUCAAGACUCCGAAUACGCUGAAUGAUGGACAACAACAACCUGUUGAUAAUUUCACCCCUAGAGCCAAUUUAAAAUGUUUUAAAGACGGUGCCAUUUCAUCUGGCGCUAGUGAGGUGAAAGAAGCAGCAGAUCGGUAGUUUUGUUGAGGAGAAGCACAUGCUUGAGUAUAUCAGACAUCUUGAGGAACUGCAAAUUGUAUCUAUGAUAAGAGAGAAUUCUGGAUUGUACUCCUUCGAUUCCGAAUUCUAGAGGGGGGGCAUUGAAAAUUUUAAAAACUUGGAGGGGGGGCAUCGAAAUUUACCGAUAACCUCAACAGGGGCCCUGUAAAAAUAUGAGCUUUUUUCAAGACAUCUUCAUCCCCCCCCUCGGUGUAAUAAAUGUACUUUCCCUAAAGUCGAAAUAAAAACAAAUUUUAAAAAUCACAAAAAAUAAACUAAUAAAAUGAAAAAAAUCGAAAUAAAAACAUUAGUCAUUACCAAAAAAUCACAAAAUAAUCGUAUGAUUUUAUAAUCUUGUACACUUUUUAGGAGUGAUUUGCCUCUCAUUAAUAUUCGGAGUGUAUUUCAUCCUAUAUAUUUCGCGAAAUUAUGCGCUGGUAAAGGAUUUUGUAACAAAACCUUUUUUUUUUCUUUUAACCAAAAGGUAAUUUACAACUUGGUGAAGCAAGACAUGUUUUCAAAGCAGAAGGAAAUUCUUGGAUUCAAGCAAUACAAGAUCAGUUAAUACUUGGAAAUACUCACGUUUUUGAAAGUCUCAAGUCUGAUGCGUACAAAGAGUAAGAACAUAAUAGAGUACUGUGCAAAGGAAAAUACAGGUCGUAAUAAUUCUUUAUGGCAUAAGAUACUGUAUAGACUGGCGCAGCAAAUAUUUAUAAUAAAGUAAUCUGUCCAUUUUUACCUCUACUGAGUAUAGGCGGUCCUCCAGACAGACGUCUGGUCUCCUUCCCAGACUUCUUUAUAUGGCUCCAAGCCUCCAACCCUGAGAACGUCUGUGAAGGACUACUAUACAGUAAAUGUCACGCAUGAGCUCAUGUUAAGCUCAAAUGCAAUCGUUUUAUAGACGGAACAAUAUGCAACUUUCUCAAUAUUGGUACCCCAACCAUACAUGUAACUAUGUCUGGAGGGGGGCAUUGGGGGGGGGGGCUAUUCAAUACCGUAAUACCGCAAGCAAAUUUUGUCAAUUACCGCAGCUUUUGAGUCCAAAAUUGCAAAUAUCGUGUACCGCAAGAUUUCCAAUAUCGUAAUACCACAAUUUUUCAAGGAAACUACCGAAAUACCGUAAGAAAAAUAAGCUAAUACCCGCCAUACCGUAAAUCCCAAUGUCCCCCUCAUUCUGUAGCUUGUUCGUCUUGCGUAAAUCUUGUAAAGGGAGAUGUAUCAGUUAAUAUGCAACAAAUUAUACAUGUUAAACUUAAUAUUCGAUUUAAAACAAAAGACAUGUUUAGCCUGGUCAUCAUUACAACGCAAGCUGCCUCCUCCACCAGCGUCUCUUGGUCUCUUACAGCGCGAACGCGAAAGCGAGCGAAAGGAAAGUAGAGGAAAAGCAGAUGGAAAAGCGGCGAGAGAAUAAUAUUAAACGAAAUUGUAUUAAAGAGACGUCUGGGUACGAGGCAGACAACGCAAGCAUUAGCGCAAUGAUAUAGAGCGAUUUUCGUCUUCUGAUGCAUGUAAAUGAUUAGAUGAGUUGUGAAUGUUUUGAUAGCUCUGUGAAGCUCAGUUGAUAAGUAGAGCGCUGCAAUAAAAUAUUUUCAUAACUGUGUCUUUCCAGGACAUACAAGAGCCAUGUUGAUUCUGGUAUCGAUCCACCACCAAAGAACGAGAAAGAGAAGACAUUAAAACGAAGCAGGAAGAAGGUUCCUUGAAACGAGAGUGGAAACAGAACUAAAUGUUACAAUAUUUUAUAUGAAUAUAUGAUAUUUUUGUAGAAAUGUCUUCAAAUUGGGAGUUGUAUUAUAUGUUGAAUAUUCAAUUUAUAGAACCAUAUAUAGGAGUUAUUUGCAUAAGAAAUAGUAAUCUGUAAAACUUGUCUGUGGCAUGGACCUCAAUUAUGUAACACUGCUUUUGCUGGUAUGAAGAACAAUAAACACAGUGCAGUAUUUGUAUAGUUGUUGUAUACAGGGGUGUAUAUUCUUCAAUGAACUUUGGUUCUUCCCCC